AUUCUACACUUAACGACUGUAUCUAAGAUUUUAUCAUUUAAGGAUCAGCCGCGGGGUCCAGACAACUCAUCCGUUGGGACAACUCGACCCCUCUGUGCGUCAAACCGAAAGACAACGCGACCAUCGAGACACUCCGUUCAAUAUGUGUUUUAUUUCUCCAUGGUUCAAACAAGUCGACUCGUAGGUGUGUCUAGCUAUUUAAUAAAUUUCCCGGUCCUGGACACGAUAACCUCCGUGAAAUUUGACUUUUCAGUCUAAGUCAGCACCGGUAAUUCCUCGCACAUGCGAUGCGUGCGGGAUGCGGCCGGCUGCCGUCUUUCCAAGGCGUGCAGUGUGUACCAUCCAUUGCACUAGUCGCCUGUGCAGGAAAUGCGUGCAUUUUCACCCAAACACAUCACCUGGGACUAGUUUGUGUGAAGCAGUGGUGGCAAGUUACAGCUUAGCAUUGCUUGCCACGUACGUCUUGUCUUCAGGCCGAAGUCGACUUGACUUGACGGACGACUUGUCUUAACGGUCGAGUUUUUCCAACGCGCGAGUAAUCAUGUACAUGUAGACUUUCUCCAUAUCACGCUCUGACAAGGACGAAAGCAAUUCUAUACUGCCUAGGCUGAGGUACAUGUAUGUACUCAGAAACAUACUCUAGCUAAAAGCUCCUAACUGUUUUAAGCAGAUGGGCCGGACAGGUUGCAGAUAUUGGUAGGAACAAAGUUUAGCCUUCUGCGAGUUCACUAAAUUUAUCAAAAAGGAAGCGACCAUUGAACACAAUCGUGUGCCCUCCCUGCAAAGCCUGAAGGGAGAUGACAAAACAAGUCUGAAGAACUUCACAGCAAACUCGACAAGAAUGACAGAAAAUGAACUCCAUGAACUGACUCCUUUUCUACCAGGAUUGAGCGUGUCUAUCAAAGGGACAGAAGAAAAACCGCGGUCCCUACAGCAGUCAAAGGAGUGCCUUUUACGUAUGCAACAAGAACUACCACCAAGACACCUGUCCCAUUUUUCCGUCCAAGGAAGUGGGCGAAUGUAAAGAAUUAGCGAAGAAGAAAAACUCAUACAUUAGAUGCUCAUCAAAAGGGCACAAUUCAAGAUGUUACUAAUGAAGAAUGACGUGUAGAACUUGCUUCAAACACCGUCCAACAUCCCUACUGGUAUCAUGGUGACAUUAAGGAGAAAAACACUGUGGGAUUUCCAGCAGUCCACAUGUGCAUCUAUAAUAUGACCUUUAUUUUGAGGAGAUUUUCCAUCUCUUGAAUCUAUGAACGGUAAGACGUUGCAGUGCUUCCUGAGAUACAUAGUCUCGCGCCACAAGACGGCCGUUACAGCAGUGAACACACUGAACAAUACUUUAAGCCAUACUUGUAGAGCAGGUCUUUUGACAUAUAUAUCAGGAAUAACCUGAAGGAAACAACUGGACCAUCUUCUGCAGACAUGGCAGGCUUUCCAAAAGAAAUUUUCCAAGAGCCGUCAUUUGCAGAGAGAUUCUUAUGCUACAUUUGCCUGAUGGUUUAUCGCGACGCAGUGCAGAAUCCAUGCGGUCAUCGAUAUUGUGACAGUUGCAUCAAGGAGAAGAUCCGGAGGGAGAGUGGAGCAGAGCAUCGGUGUCCUGCAUGCCCAGAGAAUUCCGCGGAAGGCAUUCUCAAUGAAGAGGAGAUAUACCCAGAUUUUGUUGCCCGAAAAGAGAUUAAAAAUGCUCCAGUGAAAUGCAUUAAUGAAGGUUGUACCUGGACCGGUAAACUCCAAGAAUACAGUCAGGACCAUGAAACUUCAUGUCCGGUUGAAAGAAUCAAGUGCUUGAAGUCCGGAUGCGGUAAAACUUUAAGAAGAGCAGACUUAGCCCACCAUUUGGAGAAGGAAUGCCCCAUGAGAGUGAUUGAAUGCAGAUAUUGUAAAAAGCAGCUGCCCUAUAAAGAGGCAAAGAAACAUACUACAGAAUGUCCCGAUGCACCAGUAACUUGCGGCUGUGGCAAACGCGUGGCAAGAUCACAGAUGGAAAAACAUUUACAUCCUGAAACUGGAGACUGUGCUAAGAGGAAGAUCAAUUGCAUUUUUUCUCCACUUGGUUGCAACGUAAAGCUUGUUGCAGGUGGCUUGGAGGAUCACAUGAGUAAGAGCUUAGUGGACCAUGGCCGGAGGAUUGUUGAUACCAUCAGUAGUCUGGUGUCUGUCUCAAAGGGCAAAGAUAGUGGGGCACAGCGGUUAGAUAACGAGACAGAAGGUUUAAGCCAAGUCAAAAAAUAUUCCGCCUUGUCUGAGGCUGAACUUGAAGAUCUGGCUGACUUGCUGAAGGAACAUAUGGUUGUCAAAGCUGAUGAUGCAACUGAAAGCAAAAUGAGAAAAGCUAAUGCUGGCUGUGCAGAUGCAAAAGCCCCGCAGAAUGAGAUCACGAGAAUCAAUAAGGACGUGAAGAAAGUGAAGGCAGACCUGGAUAGGGCAAUAGCCAAGCUGGAGAGGGAAGUGGGGAAGAAGAUAGAGGACAUCAGCGCCAUGAUUGCUGUGCUGGACCAUCGUACGGAGACCUUCCAGCAGGUCCUGGCUGUGCUCAGCAAUGAGCUGGAGGCAGUGCAUGCCAAGACCAUGGCCUUGGAGAAGCAAAACGCCUACCUGAAGGAGUUCACCGAGAAGCAGGAGAAGCGGCUGCACUCCCAGGACCAGAUGCUGACACUGAAGAACAUCGCCUUGGCUGAGCAGGAGCUGCGCAUCCAGGCCCUGGAAGCCGUGUCUUAUGACGGUGUCCUCCUGUGGCGUAUCAGCGAGUACAAGCGGCGUAGGCAGGAUGCCGUGUCUGGUAAGACCACCUCCUUCUACUCCCCUGUCUUCUACACCAGCCGGCAUGGCUACAAGAUGUCAGCCAGGAUCUACCUGAACGGUGACGGCAUGGGCAAGCACAGCCACCUGUCGCUGUUCUUCGUCGUCAUGCGGGGACGCCACGACGCCCUCCUGCCCUGGCCCUUCCAGCAGAAGGUGACCUUCAUGCUGCUGGAUCAGAACAACCGAGAUCACAUCGUGGAUGCCUUCCGUCCUGACCCGAGCAGCUCUUCCUUCAGGAAGCCAAACAGUGACAUGAACAUCGCCUCCGGCUGCCCACUCUUUGUCACCCAGGAGCUUCUGAAUGCCAGUGACAACUACGUCAAAGAUGACACCAUGUUCAUCAAGGUGAUUGUCGAUACAACUGGUCUGGAAAAGCUGUAGUGAACCUAAGAACCUUGACCGGGAAUCUGCUGCAAUGUUACUGCACGUCACACGUACGUACAUGCAUGUAGUUCGCCGUCGGCUAUUUACCGUGAGCAUUUCACACAACUCUUUCAAACAAGCACUUUGGACUUCUGCGUAAGAGAGGACUCAAGAUGUCAUCACGGUGGUUGUCAACACAACUGGCCUGGAAAAUUAUGAGGAACUGGGAACCUUGCACGGGAACCUGCCAGCGUUUUUACUGUAAGUCACGUGUAAGCGACAGUCCAUGCAUGAAGAUUUCAAUGAAGUGUCGCUCCUUCAAACUUUGAGAUAAUGGAAGGAGGUUAUGGACCUCCUGUUCAUUAAGGUGAUGCUCAACACAGCUGGUCUGGAAAAACUCGAAAGGAACAUGGAAUUCUGCCCAGUAAUCUACUUCUAACUGCUACAGAACAUUACACUCAAGUAUACAUGUAACUCGUGAACUUAUUGACAGUUGGAUGAUGCUCACAAGUCAUUUGUAUGGAAGCAUCUUUGAGGUACUGGUAUGUAUUGACCAAAGAUCGUAUGGCGAACUUCACCGUGAAUACACGUAAAACGUUAUAAUCGCAUGGGCGCCAUUUGAGCAAGCGAUACGCCUGCGCAAUGCACAUUACUGCGUAGGCGCAGGCCCCGCGACAGCCACGUGCACCUGGUGAGCCUGCGCCUAAGCAUUACCGUAAACUGCGCAGGCGUAUUGCUUGCUCAAACGGUGGCCAU